AUGGAUCCUCCACAUCUCACCGAAUUCGCCUCGCAGCGGUAUUUCGAUAAGCUCAAGCAGCUAAGCGAGUCUAAAGAUCAACCUCACGAUGCUAUUGCUCAAGCGCAAGACGGCCCUAUCGUGGCCGAAUCCUCGACAUUCAUACUACCUAUCAGAAGACCGAAGGCAGUCGACCAAGUCUCGCACGACACCCACCGGGCGGAAAAGCGCCGUGGCAAUUUCAUCGGUUUCAAGAUUUUACCGUCGCGCAAUUCUGUUGAUCACGACUCCCGACGACUGUCUGUCGAUUCUACGAAGAGGAAGAGCACGCCUUUCGAUCAAUUAUUUCUAGCCCUCCCCAAUGAGCUGAAGAUCCAGAUCAUUGCCUCUCUGCCUUUAUCUGACGUACUGAGCCUCCGAUUAGCUUCGCGGUCAUGGCAUGCGAUGAUUACAGUGAACGAAUUCCCGAUUGCUCGAUACCACCUGGAACAUCACGUCCCGGCUUAUGCGAAGCGAUUAUAUCCAGUGCCCGACCCCACCGCGAUACGGCUCCAUUAUCUCUGUGGAAUAUGGCACCGACUGCAUGUUGCUGCUAAACUUUCUUACUUAAUAUGUGAGAGGGUAACGAAAGAGAUAUUUCUGAGGACUACCGAGGCUCAGCGCCUUGAAUUCGAGCCGCAAUACGAAAGGAUGCGCCGCCGAUUAAUACCUCUACUCUUUACAGUAUUUCAUUUCUUCGAAACGUACCGAACAUUACAUAUCGAAUACAUCAAGGAACAUGGGCAUGGCUUGUCACAGGAGCCAUAUACCCUGAACCCUAUCGAGUUAAAGAUCAUGAGCAUGUACGACGAUCAGACAUUAUUACGCGUUCAUCAGGUGUUCCCCUUGGUAGUGUCUUCUUUCUGUCGACGUCUUCGACCACCGUCCUACGUGGGUCGGCUAGAACGUUCUCUCCGAGGUUACUUGAAGGACCGGCCUCCCGACGAAGUUUACGUGACUGCGAUGUGUGUUGGUGGACUUCGACAAGUGGAGCGAUUCUGGGAGAUUAAAGGGUAUAAUUCAAGGAGAGGGGCCGUCGAUUCGUGGUAUAGUUCGGUCUUGAGGGAGCCUAUGGAGGUAGCGUUGAAAACGCGGCGAGGAUUUAGGGGCCUUACCCGAAAAAAGUCGAGCGCGAGCGAGGCCGAUUUUACGAGAUCUGGAGAACCCUGCGUAAACGGCCGCGGACGGCAAGGGUCGGACGUGGGCCGACGUGGCAGUGAUGCAUCGAUGAUUACGUGGGAGAAUUUGGUCUUUAAUACGAGUCUAGCUGAGGGAAUGCCGAUGGGUGAAUUAUCGCGCGAACAACUGAAGAUAUUGCUUCCCGACCUACCGAACUUACAAGACAUAUGGCUCCCAACAGCCGAAGCUCUUAUACUAGACCGAGGGAUCGUGGAGCGCCCUCAGGAUAUUAAGCGCAACGCCCAGGUCAUGCUGGAGCUGAUUCGGGAGGACGGUGCUGCUGAGGAAGACGAAUGGUGGUAUGGACGGACAGCACCGGAGUCGGUCCGGCCACCUCUCGAAGCGAUCGAAGAAGAUCCCAUCGAAUAA